AUGUCUAAUACGGCUCCUGGCCAGUCUCGGCCAGACGACGCCAGAUGCUAUAACUGCGGCGAUUCUGGCCAUUGGACUGUUGCAUGUCCAGAACCCACCAGGGAAACUCCUGCUGGUCUCGCAGCUUGGAGAAACGCCAACGCUCCUGGACACGGAGGUAAUAGAGACCAUCAUGGUGGUUCCAAAAAGUCUAAAGGUCCUAUCAUUACCAAAUACGCACCUGCGCCUGUACCAGUAUCAGCACCAAGCGUGGCUCGAUACGGUCCUCCUCCAGGAUAUGUGCCUCCUCCACCUGCACACUACCCCGGAGGACCUCCCUCCUAUCCUCCGCAAUAUCCUCCUUACGGAUCCUCAGCAUCUAACUACGCACCACCUGGCUACUCACCUCCAGGAUACUCUAAUCCAUAUCCUCCACCUUCUUAUGGUGGUCCUCCCCCAGGUCUUCCGGCACCGCCUCCUAGGCCUCCUGGCACAUAUGCUUCUCCUCCUCCGCCUCCCCCUCAACCUCCAGCGCAACCACCUUCAUAUCCACCACGUGCAUAUGGUCCUCCUCCGCCUCGCCAAGACCACGUACCCUACCAUCCACAGCCUCAUUAUCCCCAUUAUCCUCAACCAGCUUCAGCACCAUAUGCUCAGCAUCCACCGCCGCCAUCAUACCCGCCCCCUUAUCCCUCUCACAGCGCGCCUCCGUCGUAUGGGCACCCUCCACCUUCACGGCCUCCUAUCCCAUCACCAGCACCACCUCCUGCAUCACGUCCACAUCGAUCAGCUUCAUCCUCUGUACCACGCCAGAAUUCUGCAUCAACUUUACCUUUGUCAGCUUCUUUGCCCCCUAGACCUUCUCUACCUCCAAAACCACCACAACCCAAUCAGCAUGGUCAACCUGGUAGGGGACGUCGGGACUUUCCUGACCAUUCUCGAGAUCAUCGUAACAAGCGGAAGAAUGACCGACACCCUCGUAAUCACGACUAUCGACAAAAGAAGAACCAGCCUCAUUCUCGGCCGGAUCAGAAGCCACAAGACAACAACAACAACAGACGCCCUGAUCUCAAGACGCCCAACCAUCCCAAACCUGCGCCGUCUCCUAAACAGGGGGAUCAGAAAGGCUCAACAACUGCCGUUGAACCAAAGUCAAGCCCGCCUGCUGCUUCUCCUGAAACUAAAAAGGUUCAAGUUGAAACUCCUAGACCUGAUUCAUCACAGAGACCGGAUACAGCACCCGAAAAGGCUGUCGACGAUGAAUUUGAAUGGGACAAGAAUGUCAUAUUCGCAGGGCCAGAGCCACGUCAUCCACCAGAUGAGGUUGGUAAGCCAUUGCCAGCAGAAUAUAAUGAUGAGGUGCUUCUUCCUAGAAAAUGGGAUGCAAAAUGCGUCGAGUCGCACUAUGUUCAAGCUGACAAUAUCGAGGAAUACGUGAAGCCAAUACACGAAACUCCGUAUUGGUCAAAGAUCGAACACGACCCCGCGUUCGUACGAGACGGCAAGCUUCCUAGCGGAGAUGCCAUUGCCAAUCUCCCACCAAGACCACCACCAAAACUUGAGGAGAUCGCUCGGAGCGAAAGUUCCGAAAGUGGCGAGGUCCAUGAACGGCUUGCAAAACGAGGUCACCCAGAUGACGAUACCCCUGGUGAGCGCCCAGUGAAGAGACAAAGAUCCCGAAGUUCUUUCGAUACCAGCUGCAGAGGAUCACGGGGCCGACAUUCGCGCUCGCGUGAUUCGUACGUUCCGCAAGGACGCAGGUCACGUCCAGGUAGUCCCGAACGUCGACCUACAGAAUUCCGUAACGUCGACGACCAGCGACGAUCGAUAGACCGGUACCAACCAGAUCGGGAUAGAGAUCAUAGCCGUGGUCGUGGACGUCGCCGGAGUCGUACUCGAAGUCGCAGUCGAGACCAUAGUCGGAGUCGAAAUCGCAGUCGCAGUCGCAGCCGUCGCCGCAAUCGGACCCCAACGUCGCGCGACUCAUCAGUAUCUGCUGCAUCUUCAGGAUUGGAUUCCUUGGAAGCCGAGUUGUUGGGACGAGAUACCAAAGCAAAGACUCCUGAAGGAUCUCCAAGGCCGAAGUCGUCCAUGUCAGGGCUCAAGCCGAAACGGCGACAAGCAAAGCUCGAUUCAGCGUAUAGUCGCCGUUGGUAGGCGACAUAACAAAAAUGGCUGCGCAUUAUUACAGCUUCUCAACGUUUCUGGUACAUCGUGUUUUCUUUCUUCCGUUCCCCAACUUGGAACCGCAACUCGCGUUGCAAUGAUUCCAUGUAUCUAGGCCAGGCACUAUUCCCUCACUUCUCUUCCCUUCGUUCAUUCAGCACCCUCCCUACACACGGGCUGUGCUUCUCUUCAUCUUAGACUUUAUUAGAAUGGCGCUGUGGUUUCGGAGUAUUUUUAACGAUCAUCAUGAACAAGCUGCAUGACUGGCGUAUAUUUCACGAGGUAUGCGUGGGAUCAUUCUUAAUCUUA